GAAAUUAUUUACCAUUAAAGUCCAAAAUUUUAAAAAUAAUGACUUUAGUAAUGAUACUGUCUGCAGUGUGGUUUAUCGCAAUCUUCAGGGCAAUGGCACGUGCCUUUGGUUAACACGGCCAUGACCAACUGCAAGGCAUUCGGAUUUUGGAUGCGCAUCCUUUUGGGCAUAUGUGGUGUAUUUUCUCUAAUGAAUUGGGGCGUAUGGGCUGUACCGCAUUUUUUGUCUUUGUCUUCCGUACUACAGCCUAGGGCUAUAUCUUCCGUUCUGUGUAUACCUGUUGUUUGUGAUUGCUUUUGGAGUUGUUGGUCAAGUACUCCCGGACAGAGGCACAACUCAGUAUAUAUCCCCAUCGACAUGUGCAACGUUUAUUCAGGAUUCCAAACAGCAAUGUACAUGUUUUUAUGCGUCACCGUGUCUAUUGUGGUGGUGGUUCACUGGAUGAUUCGCAACAUCAAGAGCUCGUUCAACGAGAGCCGCGAAAUGGUGGCUACUUGCGCUAUAAUACUUGCCAACCUUAUAUUUGCAACCAUCAUGGUCUAUGCGCCCCUCAAAAAUCCUCAUGUUGGUGUCAAUGCAAUGUGGUGGCUUGUCAUGGCCGUGCCUAUGUACAACUGCAUAUUCAACAAGCAGCGCUAUCUAGAAUUUUGGGUUACCAAGCUGCGCAACGAUGGCCUGCAGAGGGAGUACGAUGUGGGUUUAGAUGCCAUUGCCGCUGCCACCACUACCAACCCCGAGCAGAAUUUACAGCAGUAG